AUUCUGCGGAAAAGGGAAACAGAUUUUCGCAUUAAACAAACAUACAGCGUUCAUUGAACAUCUUUUCAUCGCAGUAACCUGCCAUACGACGGCAGAUUCCUGCAACCAGCUCCAGGUGCCACUAGCAAUCCAGGAUGGAAGUGAGCAACGACACGGGAUACUUCCACAAGUACGCCCGCCAGUUCCGUCUUGCGCUCGGUGUGCGGGAGUUCGAACAGUUCGCCAGUCUCGGUACGGAUCUCGAGCGGUUCCGCUUCGUCAACGAGCGGAAAUGGAGAGCGGUCAACGAUUUACCGCUCGAGCGGACACACAACGUUGGAAAGUGCUUGGAAAGUGCGCUCAAACUGCAAGCGGACGGUCUGCAGCUACAGAACGGUGACGAUUGGGUCGGUGCUUUGCGAGCCUACAAUCAAUCCUAUCUGUUGCUCCCGAACGAUUAUCCUCACGAAAAGGCGCUACUACUAGAUAAACGAUCACAGGUUCUGCUGCAGCUUGGUAAGCACGAUCAAUCGUUGGAGGAUAUUGAUCGUGCCAUCGGCUACGGUUACCCGCUCGAGUUUCUACAUGACCUGUGGGAACGCAAGGCGCGACUGUACCAGCAAAAGCGCGAUCUCAAGUCCGCCGUCGAGUGUUUCGAUAAAACCGUCGAAUGCCUUGCCCACUCGCAGCUCAACGAAGCAGAUCGGAGCGUUCGAAUAGAGGAACUUCGAAAGCUAACCGACAUCGUGUACUUCCAGUACAAGAAUGUGAAGAAGUACUUGGAACCACCGAGAGGAACCCGUGUCUUCCAUCCGCAUCUCGAUGAUGCCGUUCGGUAUGAUAGCAACGAAACCGAUGGUCGGUAUGCUACGGCUCAGAAGAAUCUGAAACCAAAUCAGCAUAUACUAAAGGAGAAGCCACAUGGUGCCACACUGGUUCAGGAGUACAGUGGCACUCACUGCAGUACCUGCUUCGAACGGGUCGAAAUCCUUUUUUGCUGUCCAAACUGUGUCGAUGUUGUGUUCUGUUCGGGACGCUGCGAGAAAACGGCCAACCAAAGUUACCACCGGUACGAGUGUGGAUUCUUGCGAUCACUCUGGAGUUCCGGCGCGACGAUCGUUAGUUUGUUGGCGUUGCGUAUCGUUACUCAAAAGCCUUACUCGUACUUUGAAGCAAUUCGUGACGAGUUGCCAAAUUUAACGGCCAACUUUACGGAUAAACUAUCGAGUGAUGACUACCGGAAGGUGUUUAACCUGGUAACACAUUCGGACAAACGUGAUCCGGAAGAUUAUCUCGUCUGGACGCUUAUGGCUGCAAUGCUAAACACCAUUCUACGCCAUGGCAACUACACAAACACCGAACAGCCAGAUGAUGGUUUCAUCGGGUAUCUGCUGCUGCACAAUUUGCAAAUUGUCAACUACAGUGCCCAUGACGUGGCGGAGUUGCAACGGAAGCGGCCAAACGAAGCCGGCAAAUCUGUCGCCAUCGGUGCCGCACUCUAUCCGCUGCUGGCGCUCUUCAAUCACUCCUGCGAUCCAGGGAUUGUGCGGUAUUUCUCCGGCACCACGGUACACGUGCGAACGAUCAAGAACAUCGCGGCCGGCCAGAUAAUAGCGGAAAACUAUGGUCCACUGUACACGAAGAUGGAGCGUACCGAGCGCCGCCGGUCACUGGCGGCCAAUUACAAGUUCGAGUGUAACUGCGACGCCUGCCGGCAGGACUGGCAGUUGUACACGCACAUGGACGAGUCGGUGAUACGGUUCCGGUGUACGGGACCGGCUUGCCAAGGGGCACUACUGUUCGACCUGACCUCGGAGUGCUACGGUAUGCAGUGUGACGACUGUGGCGAAUUGGUUGACAUCAGGGAGCGCAUUCGGUUGCUCCAGGAAGCAAACAUGCUAAGCCGUUUCAACGAGGCAGCGCAUCUGUACGCGAUCGGGAUGUUCGAGCAUGCACUCUCCAAGUAUGCGGCCAUCAUGGGCAUCAUCGAUCAGAUUCUGGUACCACCGUAUCGGGAUUAUCAUCUGUGCCAGCAGGGAAUGCGACGUUGCUGUCUCGAUUUGGGCAGCUGCUACGUGGAGUGUCCAAGCAGUGGCAAAUGAAUCCGUGAUUGCGUCAUCGCGAAUGUGGAAAUAAAAAACAGAAUCUUUGGAAUGUCUC